AUGGAUCUAAACCAGCUGCCACCUGACUUUGACUAUGAUUUCAUCUCAAGACAUACUGAAGAUGCAAUUAAGAGUAGUCCAAAAAAUUGCACUCAGCCUCCCCCUAUCCAGCAAGACUCCCCAAGCAUUUCUGAUGUUAGACUCUCUUUGGAAGAAACACAUUUACAAGAUGUUCAGCAAGAAAAUGCCGAUAACACACUGGUUGCUGUAGGGGAUAUUGUUGUUUCAGAUAUUACUGGACAAGUUCUGCAUGAAGAGGGUGAGGUGUGGUCUACACCGCAAGUCCCCUAUACUGGUAUGACAUUUGGCAGUGUAGUAGAAACAAGGGGAUACUACAAUGCAUACGCUAAGAGAAUUGGUUUCUCAAUAAGGACAAAUACCUCGCGCAGAUCAGGAAUUACAAAAGUGCUGGAAAAAAUCCAGUUUGUCUGCAACAAAGAAGGGAAAGGGAAGAAAAGCAAAACUGAUGAAAAUACUGAGGAGCCUACAGAUGAUUCAAAUGAAGAUGAUUCUGAACAAGAUGAUGUUGAUCUACCGCAUGAGCGAGCCAUUAAACAGGGGUGCAUUAUGCAGCUAAUGGCUGAGUUCUAUGGCUCCAUUGAACUAGUACCGUACGUAGGCAAAGAUGUCAGUAACUUCCGGUCCACACUUCGUACCACUGAAAAGUACAAAGACAUGCAAGAAACACUAGACUACUUUGAAGAGUUGAAAGUGCAAGAUGACCCUGAUUUCUUCUACCAGUUCAAGUUGGACAAUGAUUAUAAGAUUCAGAACCUAUUCUGGGUGGAUGGUUCAGCAAGGAAGGCGUAUGAGGCAUAUGGUGACUGUGUUUCAUUCGAUACGACAUACAUGACUAAUAUGUAUGACAUGCCCUUUGCCCCCUUCAUUGGAAUAAAUAGACAUGCUCAAUCGUUCCAGCUAGGAUGCGCAUUCCUAAGGGAUGAGAAGACAGAUAGCUUUGUUUGGCUUUUCAAAGCAUUCCUUGAAGCGAUGAAAGGCAAGGCUCCCCUUAAUAUAAUAACAGAUCAGGAUGGGGCUAUGAGGCGGGCAAUUGAGCUUGUCUUCCCUAAUACAAAUCAUCGAAACUGCCGGUGGCACAUAAUGGAUAAAGCUUCUGGAACAAUUAGUCCACACCUUUCAUCUAAUCAAGAAUUGAAGGAUGAGUUUACAGACUGUAUUAACUACAGUGUAACACCUGAAGAAUUUGAGGCGAAAUGGGAUGCUAUGAUUAAUAAGCAUGGCCUGGGGGACAUACAGCAUUUUUAG